AUGCCCAAAUCAAAGCGCGCCAAGGUCGUACACCUCACGAAGACGGACAAGAAGGGCAAGGAGCUGUCGUUGAAGCUUUUCGCCAAUGUCCAGGAAGCGGCGGACAACUUCGAGCACAUUUUUGUCUUUUCUGUCGAGAAUAUGCGGAAUUCGUACCUGAAGCAGGUGCGCGCUGAAUUUGCAGACAGCCGGUUUUUCUUCGGCAAGACAAAGGUAAUGGCAAAGGCGCUUGGCCAGACGCCCGCAGAAGAGCACCUCACCAAUCUGUCCAAGCUCACCGAGCAUUUGACUGGCAACGUGGGCCUUUUCUUCACCAGCCGCGACCCCAAGGAAGUCAUUGAGUACUUCGCCGCAUACUCCGAGACCGACUUCGCGCGCGCCGGAGUCACCGCCACACAGACGUUCACGAUUCCUGCGGGCGUAGUGCACUCAAGAGGUGGAGAGCUCCCAGAGGAUGACGACGUACCGCUUCCCCACAGCGUGGAGACGACGGUCAGGAAAUGGGGCAUGCCUACACGACUCGACAAGGGAAAGAUUGUGCUGGAUAUUCCGUACACGGUGUGCAAGGAGGGCGAGGUCAUGAACAGCCACCAAACGGCGCUGCUGAAGAUGUUCGGUGUGGCUAUGGCGGAGUUCAAGGUCGAUUUGACGGCGUACUACUCGAAAGCAACGGAGUCGGUCACGGAGAUUGACGCCAUGGAGGAGUAG